AUGAAUGAACAAAACGGUGGCGUACAUGGAACACCAUGCUUGCCGGACAUUGACAAUGAUAUUACUGGAAAUGAGGAUUUUAUUGAAAUGCCAGUGAAACAAAAAACUGCAUUUAAGAAAGAUCAUUGGAAUAGUAGCAUUUCAACAAAAGCAAAUGAAAAAGACUCAAAAAAUGAUGGAAAUUCGACUACCACAACAAAAUCAGAUAAUAUUCUUAUUCAGUCAGAUAAUUUGAAUCUUCAAUCGUCAGAAGAAUUUCCUGCACUAGAAUCAAACUCAUUUAUUCGAAGAAAGAAGCAUCAUUCCUUAUCAUCGACAACUCCACCAAAACUAAUGCCCUCAAAUAACCUUUCAUUAAAUCGUCCUUAUUCAAACUACAACAAUUAUUCGUCUACAUCUUAUAAUUCUUCGUCUUCUGCACGUUUUCAUUUUUCUACGUAUUCUUAUGAAAGUUCAUCUCCGCCUUAUUCCGCCAAACAACAUCAUCAUCUACGCACCCAUAAUCAAACAAUCGAUAUACCAUUAUCAUCAUUUGUUAAUAAUCAUUCAUCACAAAAACAUCAUCAAAUCUCAUUAGAACAUAUCGAUUUACGGAUAGCUGAAAUAAUUGUACUCAUUCAUACAAAACGAGAAUAUGUUCACAUCGAUAGUGUAGAACGAGAAUUAUUUCGACAAUAUGAUGUAAGAGAAUGGAAAGAAUUAAAUUCACAAUUAGGGCAGAAUCCAUACAAAUUGAAAAAUUUAUAUAAUUUAGCUAAAAAACAUCAAAAAAUCAAAUUAUUUUUACAAUCUUAUUCGUUUCUAAACUCGCUGUGUACAUUACAUGAAUUAGAUGAAAUUCUAGCACAAUUAUUUUCAAAAGAAAAAUAUGAUGAUUUAUUACUGGGCCCGUUACAAGAAAAUCUCGAUGUUAUUAAUUAUUUUCAAUUUCCGAAAAAUCGUCCUAUACCACAGUUAAAAUCUGUUAAAAUUCUUGAACUUUUAUAUCAUUUUAUUGAACGAGAACAGUCGUGGCAUGAUCAUGUGGAUUUCAAUGGUUUUGUAAAUGAAUUAAUGCGUAUGGUUAAUGUAAGAACAAGAGAAGAACUCGGUUUACGAGUUACAUCAUUUCCAUUUCUUUUUCGAACAUUAAAAGAUGUUCGUUUUCGAUUUGGUUCAGCUAUUGCAGAAUAUUCCCAGCAAACUGAAAAAAAUCUAGUCAAUGAAUAUAUUCAAAUAUUACAACAAAUUAAAGAUGAUUUUAAAAAUCAAAUUGGAAAUGAGCAUGAACGUAAACUUUUCUAUUCUAAAAUGACUUGUUCAGCUGUCAUUGAUCAUUUAGUUCAAAUUAUUGAAAAAUAUCUUGUGUGUAAUGGACAGUCAGAAGUUUUAUAUUAUGUUCAAUUAUUCAAACAACAUAAACCACUUCAAUGUUUAUUUCACUUAGCUAUCUUAUUAGGCAGUUAUGAACAAAUUGAUGAUAUAAUACCGCAAUUGAAACAACUCUAUACACAGUUACCGAUACAGCAACAGCAACACUACUAUUUACAGCAAUAUCAACCUCAACCAAUAAAUUCAUCAUGUUUACAACAACAAGAACAAGAACUGCGUAAGGCAGUUGGAACUGAACAAGAACAAGAUUCUUCUUGUCCACAACAACAUUAUCACAGAACGGUACCAUUACAAGAAAUAUGCCGACAGAUAACUGAUUUUUCUCAAAAAACGGAUGGUACACUAACACUAAUGAAUUUAAUGUAUAUCGAAAAACAAGUGUGUCAAAAAUAUCAAUUAGAACAAUUUAGUCAAUUAAAUUAUGGUGAUUUCAAUCACUUUUUAUACAAAUAUCGUAGUGAUAUUGGUACCAAUCUUGAAUUUUAUCUAUAUAAAUCCGAUUGUGGAAUUAAAAGAAUUGAAUUAUUUCGAUUUGUUAAUAAGUUUUUAUAUCGUUCAUCAACAGAUGAUCAAGAAAAAUUGAGAUUGAUUGAAAAAGUUGUUCUAAAUAAAUUUAAAUUACAAAAUUUGGGACAAAUUGGUUUUGCGAAUAUGAAACAAUUAUACGAGAAAACAUUACAAUUUGAAGAAAAAUCAACAAUGAAUAUUAUACAAUAUGAAGAAGCAUUAUUACAAAAUGAAUAUUUACAAACACUUGACGUUUCUAUUCGUGGACCAUCUAUGAAUAGUGAUCAAUUAUGUUCAUAUUUAAUACAAUGUCCAAUAUUACAAGAUUUAAAUUCAUGGACUCAUUGGAAUCAUCUCUUUUUAAAAGAACAUGGUUCUUUGAAAGAUUUCUUAUGUAAAUAUUCUUAUAUUCUACAAAAAGACUUAAUUUGUUUGGAAUUAACAGAUGGCCAAAUGAUUCGUCUAUAUUCUUCAUCCGAUCUAUCUAAAUUUGAACAAGAAUUACAAUUAGAAAAUUUAAAACAAGCUGCUUGUCAUUUAAUAUCAUUUUUUUACAGAAGUGAUGGACAAUAUUUAUUAAAAAAUAAAAUUAUAACCUGGCUAUUAGAGCAACGUUCUCUUGUAAAUAUGAAUAAAUGUGAACCAUUACGUCCAUUUCAACUUGUAUUAGAAUUUCUAUGUUAUUUACCAUGUUUAUUUUCUCAAACAAUUAUAAAAACAUUAAUAUUAGAAACACUUGAGUAUGUCUUUGAAGAAAAAUAUGGAAAUUCUAAAGUUAUUCUAUGGCAAUUAACAGAAAAUAAUUUACAGAGACGUUUGUACUUGGAAGAAAUUGGACUAACACUUGGCAUUGUUGAAUGGACAAAAAUGUUAAAUGAUAAUAUUCAAAAAUCGAUAGAUAAAACGGCAAACUCUGACCAAGAAAUAACAACAAUCACAAAUAUUGAAGAAACAUCUGUGUUUUCGUUGAAUAAUAGUAAUGACAAAGACUUUAAUGAACAAGAAAUAUCUGAAUUAAAGGAAGAAUUUUUAAUAGAGAAAACUGACUCAUUGUUGAAUGAUGUAUCUGUUGCUGAAUCUGGUGUGGCUAUGAGCGAUGAUCAUAAUCAAACAAGUUUAGUAGUAGAUGUAAACAAUGCACAACAAUCGAGAAGAGAUUUAGCUUAUUGUCAUAUUGAUGACAUUCGUUGUAUUCGAUUUGGAGAAAAUAGCGGUUUAGAUGGAACCGGUCGGUUAUUAGUGGAAAAUUUACAAGGUAUUAUUGAACGAAGUUUAGAAAAAUUAGCGAAUGAUUUAUAUUCUGAACAAACACAUUUUGUUUUGGAAUUAUUACAAAAUGCUGAUGAUAAUCAGUAUAAUGAAAAAACUAUACCAAAAGUAAAAUUUAUAAUAACAAAAGAAACAAUUUUAUUGUGUAAUAAUGAAUCGGGAUUCACAAGAGAAAAUAUUGAUGCUUUAUGCAAUGUUGGACGAUCAACAAAAGGUAAACAUAAGGCAGGUUAUUCCGGUCAUAAAGGUAUAGGUUUUAAAAGUGUUUUUAAUGUAUCACUUUGUCCAGAAAUUCAUUCAAACGGUUAUCAUAUUUGUUUCGAUGCAAAUCAAGGACAAAUUGGUUAUGUAAAGCCAACAUGGAUGUUUACGUAUGAUUUAUCAUGUGAAUCGGAUUCUAAUUGGGCAACAUAUAUAAAAUUGAAUUUAAAACCAGAAGUUCAAGAUAAUUUAAAACGUAAAUUUCAAGAUAUUCAAUCACCACUGUUGCUCUUUUUACAUCGUUUACAACAAAUUGAAAUUGUUCAUGAGGAUCAUUCAAAAGUAUUUACACGCAAAGAUCAUAGCAAUGAUAUUAUUGAAUUAUGUGAAUUAGAUUCAAAUGCAGAACCAAUACGACAUUAUUGGCUUGUUAUUAAAAAAAAACUGGAUAUACCACAAGAACUACAAUCAAAAUUACGUGAUAUAAAAUCGGAUAUUAUUUCAACAACUGUUGCAUGUGCAUUUCCAUUAGAUUAUCUAUCUGAUUGUAUAAAACAUCCUUAUUUUCUACCACCAACUCAACCGGUUUAUGCUUAUUUACCAUUACGAGGCUAUGGUUUUCGUUUUGUAUUACAAGCUGAUUUUGAAGUACCAUGUAAUCGUCAAGAAAUUAUGCGUGAUAUGAAUGAAUGGAAUGAUUGGUUAAAAUCACAAAUGUCCGAUUUACUUCUAUUAGCAUAUGAACGUUUUGAACAAUUACCAAAAAUAUUAAAAGAUUUAAAAGAUAUUGAUGCUGUACAAACAAUUAAAUAUUUUUUAAAAUUUAUUCCAUCUAAACAAGAAUGUGAUCCAUGUUUUCAUGGUCUUAUUGAAAAAAUAAUGUCUGUACUUAUUGGUAAAAUAAAAUUUCCUGUUGAAAAAGAAUAUGAUCAAGAUGAUGUUAUUGAAUGGUAUCCACCAAAUAAAUGUACCUAUGUCAAAGAUUUAUUUAUUCGAAAAAUAUUAUCAUCUGAACUAUUAUCUAAACAUUUAGAUCGAUUUUAUUUACAUCAACAAUUUAAUGAUAUUGAUGAACAUUUACUAUAUAAAUUUGGUGUUCAAAAAUUAUCUACAUUUGAAAUAUUACAUAUAAUUGAUACCGUAUUUCUAACUCAUCAUCAUCAUACAAUUGAAACAUUUCCUAUAAUACAAAUUGCUCAAUGGUUAUUAUGUUUAGAUUAUUGUCUUCAAAGUACAGCAAGUUGUUCUUCUUUUGCGGUUAUUGAUGAUGAACAACAACUUGAAUUACAACAAUUAUAUGAAAAAUUACGUCAUUUAAAAUUUAUACCAAUUGAAAAUCAAUCGGCAUUAGUAUCAACAUCAGAAAUGACAAUUUUUUUUCCCGUAGAUAAUUCAAAACAAUUUGUUAAAUAUUUAAAAUAUUUAUAUGAUGAUUUACCACGAGUAAAUAGUGAUCUUUUACUUUAUGUAAAACAAAAUUAUCCAUUACGUUAUGAAACAUUUGUACAAUUAUUAAAAAACUUAGGCAUAUUAGAAACAUUGAAUCUUGGUGAAAUGUAUGAAAAACAUAUUUAUCCAAUAUUUCAAACCGGUCAAUGGCAAACAAAAUCAGAACGUAUUUUAAUAUCAUAUUUACUAUGUGUCUAUCAAUAUUUAUAUAGAAAUCAACAUUCAACAUUUGAUAUUUCAAAAUUUUGUUCAGUUGUUCAAAUAAAAACACGUGAAAAUAAAUUUUGUAAUCCAAAACAAACACAAAUUCAUUUAACAGUUAAAUAUGAUUCUUAUUGUAAAUUAGAUGAAAUUAAAAUUUAUGAUUGGGUAUUUAUAUCAGAUGAUUAUGCUGAUUAUUUAACAACUUAUAAAGUAUCAACAAAUAAAUGGAAAACAUUUUUAGAAGAAUUAGGACUUAAUGAAUUUUUAAAAAUACAAUCUGUUGAAUAUCGUAAGCCUAUUGAUUAUUAUCCUUUUCUAAAAAUGAGGCGACCCGACAGAAUACUUCUCACGUUUGAACAAAAAGUGAUAGAGACAUGCGAUUUUCACCGUUGGAUAGAGAACAUCGGGGGACAUUUUUCAUCCAUUUCUAAACUAGAAGAUACAAAAUGGUCAAAUCUAAUUCCAGAAUUAUCAACAAUUUGUUAUGAACAAGAAUUAAUUUUAGUUGAUCAUGAAUGUGAUGAAUUUAAUUUAAUAUUAGAACACGGUGCACAAUUAGAUAAAUUUCAACUUUACUAUGAUUCUUGUCGAGAAUUAUUAAAAUGUAUAUCACAAGCCUAUCAUUAUAUUCAAAGAUUUUUUUCUAUUCAAUUAUAUACAAAUUCAAUAUCAACACAUCGUAAUUUGAUUCUAUUGAAUACAACAGCAGAUUCUUCAUUUUGUUUGAAUUUAAAACACAAGGAAUGGAUACCAUCUAUUUAUAUUCAACGUAUUUAUAAUUCUCAAUUAAAACAAAUUGAAAUUCAAAAAUUACAACAAUUAUUAAAACCAUCCGAUGUUUACAUUCGUUCAAUACAAAAUCAACAAAUUCAACAAUAUCUUCAAGAUCAUUUUCCUUAUAUUGAAAUAUCAAAUUUAGAUACACAAUUAGUAAAACAUAUUGGACUACAUGAUACAAUUGAUCAAUUAGAUGUUGUUAAAUUAUUGUUAGAUUGGUGUAAUCCAGAGACUGAUGUCACAUCAGCAACAUUAUUAAAUUUAACACAACAAGAUGUAAAAACAAAUCAUAUUCAUCAACAAUUAGUGAGACCACCAAUAAGAUAUCAUGAAAAUUGUCGAAGACAAUUUAUUGAUACACUUGAACAUAUGAGUAAUUUGUACUUCUUCAUCUUCGAUUGUUUAAAGAAUGAACAUUUUCGUUCAUGGCCAAUUGUGUUUGUUCCACGAGAGAAUCUGUAUGUAUUACAUAACAUUCCACCAUCUCUUACGACACAUCCUGUGUACACACAAAAAUUAAAAUCAGAAUAUUGUCUUGGUGAAUUUCUUUACUUGGAUGAAAUAUAUUGGGACGAUCCAACGGGUAUGCUAAAUAAACAUUCCAUCCAUGUACAAAUUCAACAACGUCAUUUAAGUAUAUAUUAUAAUGAAUUAGAGACACUCUUUACAAGAAUAUUAAAAAUACCACUAACACCAAAAACAAAAGAUUAUUAUCCACUAUUAGAUAAAUUAAUUUAUUCUCAUGAUUAUGAUUCAUGUUUAAAUGAUGUUUGGAAGAUAUUUGAAAUAUUUGCUCAACAUUCAACCGAUCAACGAGAACGAAUUAAAAAUCCAAAUGAAAUUAAUAAUGAUGGAGAUGAAGAAGAGGAAGAAGAACACUAUAUCAAUGAACAAAAAGCAAAAGAAAUUAUUGUUCGUUUACCACAAAAUUGGCCAACAACUAAAGCUCGACGUUUUUGUGAAAUGUGUCGCUUUGAAAAUCUGACUGAUCAAUUAGAAUCUAAUGUUUAUGUAGAUAAUAAAGAAAUUUGUAAACAUUUACAUGACUUUUUUUCAACAGCUAUAUAUUAUAUUCAACUUUACUUGUAUACUCGUAUGACUGAUUUAUCUCAAACAUUUAUUGAUCGUCAAUUAGAUAAAAAAUUUUCAAAAAUUCAAUUUUGGCUGGUGGAUAAUCCAAUUGAAAUACAUUAUAUUCACAAGAAACAGACACAUCUUCGAGCAAAAAAACAGUUUGAUGUCUAUAUUCAUGAUGAUAAUAUUGGACUUAAAUUUUAUUUAUUAAAAAAAUAUGAAUAUAGUGAACGACGUUAUCUCGAUGCAUUUAUUAGUUAUUUAAUACCGUUAACAAGACAAGAAUUUGAUCCAGAACGACAAGAAUUAACACAUUUUUGUAGAGAUAUUCUAAAUGAAUAUAAAUAUCGAGGAGUGACAGGUAUUAAAAAAUAUUUGAUCAAAGAAGAAUUACCUAUUGAAUUUCCAGUGAAUAAUGCUAUUAAAUUGUGGACAAUAGCUCCCAUACAAAUUAAUGGUAGUAUGUAUAAUAAUUUUAAAGAAAUGAAAACAAAUGAAUUAUUAAAUUUAAAUCAAGUAUUAAUCAAAACAUUAACGGAUGAACCAUUACUCUUACCAAAGUCAAAUAAUCCAAAUUUAUUACAACAGACAAAUACAUUAAAAUGUAUGCCAUCUGGUGUUGGACGAUCAUUGUCAAUAGGAUUAGAAAAUGAAGUCGAAUCAUUAUUAUUUAGAAAUAAUAGUAAUACAUCGCAACAAGAUUCAAGUGAAUUACGGCAAUAUGAACAAAAUAAACAACGAAAAACACUGUCUGAAUCAGAUACAACAGUUUCAUCAAAAACUCGAAGAAGAAGACGAAAAACAGAAAAUAAUAGUGAGCUAAAGACGAAUUACUAUCCGUUCCAAAAUACAAGAGCCCUGGUCAUUUCUUG